GUGUUCGAAAGCAGAGAGAGAGAGAGCUUCAACAACGCCAUUUUUGACGAUUUUUCGAAUCUCUCUUUCAUUCGGUGAAUUCUUCGUCCAGGUGAAUCGGAGGAAGCUCGAAAGUGGAAGGAAGGUAACACGGAGAUAAGAAAGAAAAAAGGAAGAUUUGUGAAGAGCUGGUGACCAGGUGAACACAGAACACAAUGGAAGCAAUUAGAAAACAAGCUAGCAGAUUGAGAGAACAAGUUGCGAGACAGCAGCAGGCUGUCUUCAAGCAAUUUGGAGGAGGAGGAUACGGUUCUGGUUUAUCUGAUGAAGCAGAACUCAAUCAGCAUCAGAAGCUAGAAAAGCUUUACAUUUCCACCCGUGCUGCCAAGCAUUACCAAAGAGAUAUUGUUCGUGGUGUGGAAGGUUAUAUUGUCACUGGGUCAAAACAAGUUGAGAUAGGGACCAAACUGUCUGAGGAUAGCAGGAAAUAUGGUUCAGAUAAUACAUGUACGAAUGGUAACGUAUUAAUAAGGGCUGCACUGAGCUAUGGGCGUGCUCGGGCACAAAUGGAGAAGGAGCGUGGAAAUAUGUUAAAGGCUCUUGGUACACAGGUUGCUGAGCCACUACGAGCAAUGGUUUUGGGAGCUCCGUUGGAGGAUGCUAGACAUCUUGCUCAACGUUAUGACAGAAUGCGCCAAGAAGCUGAAGCUCAGGCUACAGAAGUUGCAAGACGUCAAGCAAAGGCGAGAGAGUCUCAAGGUAAUCCUGACAUCCUGAUGAAACUCGAAUCUGCUGAAGCAAAACUUCACGACUUAAAAUCAAAUAUGACAAUACUGGGGAAGGAAGCUGCUUCUGCUUUAGCUUCCGUUGAGGAUCAACAACAAAAAUUGACUCUUGAACGACUUCUUUCAAUGGUUGAAUCUGAACGUGCCUACCAUCAAAGAGUCCUCCAAAUACUUGAUCAGCUCGAAGGAGAGAUGGUAUCUGAGAGGCAACGUAUAGAAGCUCCCUCUACUCCCUCGAGUGCAGAAAGUAUGCCGCCACCUCCAUCAUAUGAGGAAGCUAAUGGAGUGUUUGCAUCUCAGAUGCAUGACACGUCAACAGAUAGCAUGGGUUACUUCUUAGGAGAGGUCUUGUUCCCAUAUCACGGUGUGACAGAUGUCGAGCUGAGCUUAUCAACUGGUGAAUAUGUUGUUGUUAGAAAGGUUACAGGCAGCGGAUGGGCAGAAGGUGAAUGCAAAGGCAGAGCCGGUUGGUUCCCUUACGAGUACAUUGAAAGACGGGAACGAGUUCUUGCUAGCAAAGUGUCCGAAGUUUUCUGAGAAUUCAAAGGCAACAUCGUGGUUUGUCGCUGUUGGUAAUGGAAUUGAGUUGCUUCUGUAGAAGAGUUGUGUGUUCUGUAGAAAGAAAAAGAAAGAGAGAAAGAUUCACCGGCUAAAUAGAUUUUGGGAUUGAAUUAACGUUCAUGAGGAUCAGAGUUGAUGUGGAUUUCUGCGAUUUUCUGAAUCUGCUACUGUUCAAUUUUUAGGACCUCUCUUUGGCAUUUGAUGUAAACGCCUAAUCUCUUAUCUAUCUUCAUAUGUGUAUACAGUUAUUUUUUUGGGGUCUUAUUUGUGACCUUUCUUUGUUCAAAUUACUUUCAUUUGAUAACACCUUAAAAUGUUAUAAAGAAGUGAUUA